UUGCUACAUUGAUGCUAGCAGACGCAAUUUUUAAGUUAACUAUGGGUACGUGGUAGGUAACCAACGGUUUUUUCUGACGUAGUUAGUAACGUUAGUAAGCUGUGAACUUUAAAAAGCUAACAGGUAUUGAACAGACACGGCGGACACAAAUAAUGUUUCCUCGCAGGCAGGACCACGAGAUGAAAAGGACCGGAGGAGUGCGUAGCGGCUCAUUUAUGAACUUUAGGACAACGGUGAACUCAGGCUCCGUCCGCCGCAGCUCCGCGGUGCUGCCGUCUGUGCUAACGUUCCUGGUGAUCGUAGCAUCCGGAGGCCUGCUGCUCAUGAUCGAGAAGGGAAUGCUGAACAGCAUGGAGACUCCUCCACCCCGAGGUAACGGCAAGAGGCUGGGCUUCGUGCGGCAGGUUAGGGGAAACAGCCCGGCUGCUGUGGACGUGGAGUCCCAGAUUCUCCAGGAGAUCCGUAACCGGACCAUCAGGACCAUGUGCAGCCAGAAGAACAUGCCCCACAGCAUCUGGUCCCUGAGCCCCCUGCAGAGGAAGACGCUGCUGCAGCACGUCCUGGUGAACGAUCAGUACCACUUCCUCUACUGCUACGUUCCCAAAGUGGCCUGCUCCAACUGGAAGAGGGUUCUGAAGGUUCUGAACGGAGCACUGGAGAGUGUGGACGUCAACAUCAAGAUGGACCACCGCAGCGACCUGCUGUUUUUGUCCUCUCUGAAACCUGAGGAGAUCCGCUACCGCCUCAAGCACUACUUCAAGUUCAUGUUUGUGCGGGAGCCCAUGGAGCGCUUGCUUUCUGCAUACAGGAACAAGUUUGGAGAGAUUCAGUCCUACCAGAAAAAGUACGGUGUGGAGAUCAUAAAGCGGUACAGAAAAGGUCGCGCUAAGGACGCGGCUGUAACAGGAGACGAUGUCACCUUUGCAGAGUUUGUCCGUUACUUGCUGGAUGAGGACGUGGAGCGCAUGAAUGAGCACUGGAUGCCGGUGUACAACUUAUGCCAACCUUGUGCUGUGAACUACAACUUCAUCGGCUCCUAUGAGCACCUUGAAAGUGAUGCUGAGUUUGUGCUCCAGCGCAUUGGAGCGCCUCCUUACAUUCACUUCCCAGAGAGGCAAACGUGGUACAAGCCGGUCACCACAGAGACGUUACACUAUUAUCUGUGCAGCUUACCACAGAAGCUACUGAGGGAACUCCUGCCCAAGUACAUUUUAGACUUCUCCCUCUUCACUUAUCCUCUCCCCAACACAACCACUGAACACUGCCGGCAUUAAAUGUGCAAUGUUUUAUAGUUCUGAGAUUAUUUUUUAUAGAGAAUCAUUUGUACAAGCAGUAUUUUACAGCUGUUACACAUUUUUACUUGAGAUGUUCAAAUAUCAUCGCAAAAUGCUUUUUACUGGAAGAGAUGGAGACUUGACUUCAAAACCACUAAAGCUUGAAAUCAGCUGGAAAAAAAAAAUCAUGUAAAUCACUUUCAACGUGUUUCUGUCAUGCACUGAUACAGAAAUGAACCGAUUCAGUAUACAUUGAUGGAAAUGGAAAUAAGGUUGCAAGACCAAACUUUGUAUUUUGCUCUACACAUUGGAGAAGAUAAAGGGUUAAUGGCUUCAGUGGGCACUCAGUGGUUUAGCAGGCUAAAACACAUACCAUGUACUCACAGGGUCGUGGGUUUUAAAUCAUGCUUGUGUCUUUUUUGUUGUAUGUCACAGACUCUCCUUCCCAUAACUUACGACUGUUUACCUUGUAAUAAAACACAAGUGCAAGUUUUGUGACUUAAAUCACUGCA